ACGUUUUCCUGUUGGUAUUUUUAUUCUGUGGUCAUGACAUAUCUGUGAUUUCGGUCUUUCCGGUCUACACGUUAGGGAGUAAGGAUGAAACAGAUCGUUGUCAACCAGACGGUGAAGAUCCCAGAGGGGUUGACAUGCAAUGUCAAGUCUCGCCUUGUAACAGUGAAGGGCCCUAGAGGAAUUCUGAAGAGGUCCUUCAAGCACUUGGCUGUGGACAUCUACAUGGUCAACCCCAGGCUGCUCAAGGUGGAGAAAUGGUUUGGAACCAAGAAAGAGAUUGCUGCAGUCAGAACCGUUUGCUCUCACAUUGAAAACAUGUUGAAAGGCGUCACAAAGGGAUUCCUGUAUAAGAUGCGAGCUGUGUAUGCUCACUUUCCCAUCAACUGUGUAACAACGGAGAACAACACUGUGAUUGAAGUUAGGAACUUCCUGGGAGAAAAAUACAUCCGUAGAGUCAAGAUGGCCCCAGGUGUCACGGUCACCAACUCAGCUAAGCAGAAGGAUGAGCUCAUCGUUGAGGGAAAUAGCAUUGAAGAUGUUUCCCGAUCAGCUGCCCUGAUUCAACAGUCAACGACAGUCAAGGACAAGGACAUCAGAAAGUUCUUAGACGGUCUGUACGUCUCAGAGAAGACUACUGUUGUACAGGACGAAUAAAGUAAUAAAAGGUUUCCAUUGUUUUACA